AUGAGGCAUGUGGAUCAAAAUAUUUCGGGUGUGUUCUUCAUAGAUGGUCCCGGUGGAACUGGAAAGACAUUUUUGUACAAAGCUUUGUUGGCCAAUAUUCGUGCCCGUGGUCUUAUUGCACUUGCAACUGCCACGUCAGGUGUUGCGGCUAACAACAUGCCAGCGCACUUAGAAGACUUACAUGCGUGGGACUCUCUCAAUCCAGACCAGAAGCUUGCAUAUGAUGAGAUAAUGAGGCAUGUGGAUCAAAAUAUUUCGGGUGUGUUCUUCAUAGAUGGUCCCGGUGGAAUUGGAAAGACAUUUUUGUACAAAGCUUUGUUGGCCAAUAUUCGUGCCCGUGGUCUUAUUGCACUUGCAACUGCCACGUCAGGUGUUGCGGCUAACAACAUGCCAGGAGGGAGAACAACUCAUUCACGAUUUGGAAUUCCCCUCAAUCUUGAUAAUAACUCGAUGUGCAAGAUCACUAAACAAAGUGGGAAGGCUCAGAUACUUCGCGAGGAAAAGGUAAUCAUAUGGGAUGAAGCAGCAAUGGCUAAGAGGCAGGCAGUAGAAGUAGUUGAUCGGACAAUGCAAGACAUCACAUAUGAGAAGCUCCCUUUCGGUGGAAAGAUAAUGGUCAUGGAAGGUGACUUUAGACAAGUGUUGUCGGUCGUGAGUCGUGGCACUCGAGCACAAAUUGUCGACUCUAGCUUACAAAUGUCACCACUAUGGGCUUCAGUUAAAAGGCUUCGAUUAAAUAUCAACAUGAGAGCGGUAAAUGACCCAUGGUUUUCUGAUUUUUUAUUACGAGUCGGUGAUGGAAAGGAGGAAACAUUGGACGAGUCCUAUAUUCGUAUACCUGAUAACACGUCCAUUCCAUACACUGAUAAAACUAAAUCAGUGGACGCUCUGAUUGAUGCAAUAUUUCCUUCUUUGCAAUCCAACGGCGCCGAUUCAAAAUUUAUCAUUUCGAGGGCGAUAUUGUCAACUAAAAAUGAAAGUGUUGAUGAGAUUAAUAAUAAGUUCAUCGAACGAUUUUCUGAGAUAGUUGUUGGCCAACAUGCUGGAAAAAGAGUGUGUUUACCAAGAAUUCCUCUAUGUUCGUCUGACGAUGAGAUGCUCCCAUUCAAACUUAAGAGAAAGCAGUUCCCAAUUCAGCUUAGUUUCUCUACGACAAUCAAUAAAGCUCAAGGACAAACAAUUCCAAAUGUAGGUGUUUAUCUACCAGAAUCGGUAUUCUCACAUGGCCAGCUUUAUGUGGCGUUGUCCAGAGGAAUAUCACGUGUCAAUACCAAGGUAUUAGUAAAUCCGGAAAAAACGUUUGAUAAUGAUGGAAUCUACACAUCAAACAUUGUGGCAGAUGAAGUAACAUGA